UCAUUCCUCAGGAAGUACAUGUUACAGUCAUCUUACAGUCAGAUACAGCGGCGUUACUUUGUGUGGAAGGUUACUGUAGCUACCUUUGCUUUCAAAGGAUUAUGAUUCUAAGGGGUCUGUUGACCUCUACAGGACUGCGCUGGCAGACCGUGUUCGGGAAGAUGACCAGUAGGAGUGUGCAACGGCAAUUUCCCCCCCACUGGAAAACUCCUGCAGCCAGCAGCUGGCUGUCUGGGUUCCAGUGUUACAGCUCCACUGGACCCCCUCUCCGGAUCCAGGGGCUUGACCACCUGGUCCUCACUGUAAGGAGCAUAGAGGAGACAACAGGCUUUUACUCCAAAGUCUUGGGAAUGGAGGUUGUCACGUUUAAGGGUAAUCGGAAGGCACUCAGUUUUGGAAACCAGAAGUUUAAUCUUCACGAGGCUGGCAAGGAGUUUGAACCGAAAGCCCUCCUUCCAACACCUGGCUCCAUCGACCUGUGUCUUAUUACAGAAACACCAAUUGCUGAAGUCAUAGAGCAUCUUAAGGCUUGUGACGUCACUGUAGAAGAUGGACCUGUCCUCCGAACUGGUGCUGUGGGACCAAUUUCUUCAGUGUACUUCAGAGACCCAGAUGGGAAUCUUGUUGAGGUAUCUAAUUACCACUCGGAGCCCGCAGCUGGUGGAGCGUAGUAAUGUAAAGGGGUCUCAUUUUAAGAUUCUGUAUGUUUUUAAUAUUUCAUUUUGAUUUCACAUUACUGAUUUAAUAAUUGCACAUUUUGUAAAAUGAUGUAUGUUUUACUUGUAAAUGAAGGUGUGCAAAUUUACAUCACGGGUUAUGUAAUGCACCAGACCAAAACUGUGUUAGGGUUAUCUGCGGUUCACAACAAUCAUGGAAACACAGAAGAUUCUCAGUCACCUCACAAGGGGCAUGGUAAUGAGUGUCCUGCAACCAGUCCCCAUGUAUGGUGUCUGCACUGACCCUUGUGCCCAUCAAGAGAGUCUAUUACUUGAAUGGCCACACUGAUUGACACUCCUGUUGUAACUCUAACAAUCUAUAGGACCUUCAUGGUCAUUCACACAUUUUUGGCCAGUCAUUGUUUAUACAAUAAAGUAUCUGGAAAGAGUCUGACUUCUGAACAAAACUGAAUGCACUGUAAAAUCAAGUGACAAAAAAUAAAUGAAACCAGUUGACUUUA